AUGUCGAGCUCAAUGUCAACCUCACCCGCCGUUUCCCGCAACAUACCCCCCAAAAAACGUACACCAAAGGCCCGGUCCAUCAAGCCUGUCGAUCUGCUGGCCAAGACCGCGAAUGGGGCCUCAGGCAGCACUCUGGGAGGCCAGAGCGACAUCACUGGCACCGCAGAUCUGAACCACAGUAGGAACACCAGCAACUCCGACACCCCAGACACUCACGAACCCACACUACCUUCUCCUGGCCGCGAGAGUAAUAGCAUACCAAGCAUCACAUUGACCCGUCCGUCCCCUGAGCCUUCUGCAGGCACCGACCCAACCGAGCAACCUCCACAUACUACCACGGAAGUCCUCUCCCCUGCUCCGACAUCAGUCACGGCUGCAUCUGACGCCACGGGCCCCGCUCAAACAGAAACAGUUCCUGUCCGCCAUUCGGACUCAGAGGCGGCCCUCGCUGCUCAAACAGACCUCACCAGUCACCCUGCUCAACCAGCUUCCAACUUGCAAGAACUUGCGGCUCCCGGCAACUCCCAGAUCGUGCCCUCAGAACCAACCGAUACAAUCGCAGGUGGCUGCAUUGUGGAUUGGACCGUCAGGGUUAUCAACCUGACCCGUAUGACGUGA